UAUAAAAGAAGACUUCCAAAAACAUUAAAAAAAAAAAUGACUUUGAAUGGUACUUUGAGAUAGCAUCUAAAGACUAGUGAGAUAUCAUUUUAUGUAUCUAUACAGUCCAGCUCUAUUUGAUAGUAUGGACUUCUGCCCUCAGUGUGCAGAUGUUCCAGUUUCUCUACAGCCUCAGAGUGAAUUGGUUGUUUUCCUGCCGCUAUAUUUAGCCUCCCUGCCGCAGCCUAUUGCACACAAGCAGGAAGUGAUGGAGCUUUUAAAGACACACCCUGUCCAUCCCUGUAGGUGUGUUAUGGUGGCUGAGGAGGGGCCGCUCAGGAAUACUGUCUGAUGGGGUCAGAGCCGUGUGUGUGAGCUGCUGAUUACUGUUCUGCUCCAGGUGAAGUCAGUGUCAGGACAGGGAAAUAGAUCACUAAAACGGGGAUAUUGCCAAAUUGUAAGCUGACCUCUUUAGAGCAGGUUUGAGUGUUUUUCUGUCGCUCUCGUUUCAUUCUGCUCCUCACAGUCUCACCUAACCUUCAGAGACACAGACGGUGGGACAGUAAAUUUUGCUCAGCCGUUAAUAGGACGGUUUCUUUAUAGCAUCAGCCGAGGGAUACGCUGCGUUCCAGGAGGACAGUUCUGCCGAUGAGGCCGAGAGCCCGUCUAAGAUGAAGCGCUCCAAGGGCAUCAACGUCUUCAAGAAGCCCAGUUUCUCCAAGAAGAAAGAAAAGGACUUCAAAGUGAAGGAAAAGGGGCCUAAAGAGGAGAAGGCCAAGGACAAGAAGUCCAAAGACCUGACGGCAGCAGAUGUGGUGAAACAGUGGAAAGAGAAGAAGAAGAAGAAAAAGCCCAGCGCCGAGCCCGAACCUGUCAUCACAGAAGCGGCGACGACGUUCCGGCCGAUCUUUGGAGCGCCUUUAGCGGAAGCGGUGAGGAGAACGGCGCUGUAUGAUGGGAUACAGCUCCCGGCCGUCUUCAGAGAGUGUGUGGAUUACAUCGAGAGCUACGGCAUGAAAUGUGAAGGCAUCUAUCGUGUCUCUGGUAUGAAGUCAAAGGUUGACGAGCUGAAAGCAGCGUACGACCGUGAGGAGUGUCCGUGUCUGGAGGAGUAUGAUCCUCACACGGUGGCCAGUCUGUUGAAGCAGUACCUGCGAGAGCUGCCUGAUAACCUGGUGGGUAAAGAGCUGGUCCAGCGUUUGGAGGAGGCCUGCGGGCGGCCCAGCGAGGCAGAGAAACUGCAGGAGUUUCAGAGGCUCCUGGGGGAAGUUCCCGCGGGGAGCAGACUCCUCCUGGCCUGGCUCAUCACUCACAUGGACCACGUCAUCGCCCGCGAGACUGACACCAAGAUGAACAUCCAGAACAUCUCUAUUGUGCUCAAUCCCACCGUACAGAUUGGGAAUCGUGUGCUGUACGUGUUUUUCACUCACGUUCGAGAGCUGUUCGGUGAUGUGGUUCUGAAGCCAGUCGUUCAUCCUCUGCGUUGGUCAAAUAUGGCCACCAUGCCGACCCUACCUGAGACCCAGGAGAGCAUUAAAGAGGAGAUCCGCAGACAGGAGUUCCUCUUGAACCGUCUGCACAGAGAUCUGCAGGCCGGUGUGAAGGAUCUGUCUAAGGAGGAGAGACUCUGGGAGGUGCAGCGGAUCGUCACUGCACUGAAACGCAAGCUUCGCGAGGCCAAGAGACAGGAGUGUGAGACUAAAAUCGCACAGGAAAUCGCCAGCCUUUCUAAAGAGGACGUAUCAAAGGAGGAGAUGUCUGAGAACGAGGAGGAAGUCAUUAAUCUUCUCCUGGCACAGGAGAAUGAGAUCCUAACAGAGCAGGAGGAGCUGAUAUCACUGGAGCAGGUGCUGCGGAGGCAGAUCGCCACAGAGAAAGAAGAAAUUGAGCGGCUAAGUGCGGAGAUCGCAGAUAUACAGAGCCGUCAGCAGGGUCGCAGUGAAACAGAGGAGUAUUCAUCAGACAGCGAGAGUGAGAGUGAAGAUGAAGAGGAACUGCAGAUGAUUCUAGAAGACCUACAGAAACAGAACGAAGAGCUGGAGAAUAAAAACACUCAUCUGAAUCAGGCCAUCCAUGAAGAACAGGAGGCCAUAUUGGAACUGCGUGUUCAGCUCCGCCUCCUUCAGAGCCACAAGCUACAACAGGAGCUCACAGCCCCGCCCACUUCUGAACAGGCCCCACCCUCCCAGCCCAGCCCAGAGGAACGAUCUAGAGUGGACGAGCCAAUCAAACGCACCGCAGCGGUCGCCAUAGAAUCCACUGCCGCAACCGCUGCCGUCCCAGCCAAUGGGAAGCCUGGAAAAGAUGUCACGAAGCCAUCGCCCAGCAAAGACAAGAGGGAGGCCAACCAGUAAACCAUCUGACCAUCAGUACACCUGCGCUUGUGUUUGCUCAUCACAAGACUGUGACAUCUUGGGUCAAAGGUCAGCAAGGUGAAGUGAGAUGUUCAUUACACUGGGAGAAAUCUGGACAGCAGAGAUGUGAUCGGACACGAUCUGUGAUCUGUAGGUCAGUAGGUCUAAAGAGAGGCGAGUGUGGGAAACAUUUCUGAUUAGAUUAACUAUAGAGUGAAAGUGGAUUCUUUUGAUCGGUUUAAGUUUGUAUGUGAAAUUGCAGCAGCACAAUCAGAUCUUUGUGAAUGCUCAGAUUCGAAGUGCCCUUUGACCCCAGUCUAAAAAGAGAGGCUAAAUCUUUUUUUUUUCCUAAAUAGUUAAGAGUGUUAGAGGUUUGUGUUUAAAAGUCUCAUCUGUUCAGGUCAAUUUUACUCCAAAAUCAAAAGAAAAAAUUAUAUUAUAUUAUAUUAUAUUAUAUUAUGCAUUAAGAGCAUUAAGCCUGUUUUCAAGGCUAUUUUUUUAUUUUUUGCAUUCUAACAUUAUUUACAUUACUAUUAAGCACUUUCCAGAUAAUAACUUUUCACUUUCUCAGUACCUUAAUUCAAAUAAAAUGUCAUUCUCACAGAAAUGUGGAAAUAUAGAAAAAUAUUGAUAUUAUUUACGUGAUAAAGUAUAUAUCAUUAUAUUAUUGUUUGUACUGAAUUCAUGCCAAUUUAAAUAGAAAUAAAUUUAACUAUAGUAUUUUAAGUGCAAACUGUCCUUAAUAGCCAUUAAAGUAAUGUCACAAUGCAAAAAAAAAAAAAAAAUUCUGCAAACAUGUUUUUCCUUUCGAUUUUGGGUUAAAAUAUACAAAAGCCCAUUUCCACAAAAGUAAUUGAAACUUAUUAUUUCAAAUAUUUCAGUAAAAAAAAAAAAAGUCAGAAUUGUGAGCUAUAAAUUCAGAAUUCAGACUUUUCAGAGUUUAACUUUUGCAACUCUGUUUUUUUUUUUUUCUAUCACAGGAUAAAUUUAUAACAGGUAAUUUUGACUUUUUAUCUCACAAUUCAUACUUUGUUUCUUGCAGUUACUAGUUUAUCUCUUCAUUCUGAAGUGGAAAAAGGUCAGAUUUAUGAGAUGUAAACUCUGAGCUUCAAGAUAAAAAGCUGCAGUUACCUUUAUUCAUUCCAUGGAGUAAACAGACUUUCAUAGAAAUGUGACAUGUUGUCUUAAAAUUCACAUAAAUACUUCAAGCAUUUCAAGAAACUAAGCCAUUAAAUACCGAGCACUAAUAGGAUGUUAUGACACAACCUUUAAUUGCAGCCUGUGUGAAAACUCCAAACCACAGGUGACGAACAUCCGUAUCUUCUGCGAUCACGUUACAUUCAGUGCGAAAACUGCAAUCCUUUCAGACAAGCAGAUUUACUUUACUGUUUAUUAUUAACCAAUGCCUUUUAUUUAUGCAGUUUGGCUUAAAAUUUAAUCCAGAAGGAGAAAUUACACUGAGAAAUGUCCUGGAUGUCCAUUGCCAAUUCAAAAAUAAGGUUAUGAAAAAUCAUAAUCGUCUGCCGGCUCUCCUGUUGUGGGUCCAGGUCUAGAACCAAGAUCAAAAUCAGUGAAAAUGAAGUUGUGUGUUUGUGAAUGCACUGUGCCAUAGGUGACUGAGUGUAGGUGCACAGAAGAGCUACUUUGAAGAUGCUCUGGGACAUUGUAAUACAGCUAGCUAGAUUGUAUUUUUACCUAUUAGGAUAUUUAAAGUAGACUGUUAUGAUCGUUUAUUAUAAAUAUUUAAUAAUCAUUAUAUGUAAACAUCUAAGAUCUGCACUUACAGAAUGAGAAUAAGUCGAUUGGCGUUUAUUGUGGAGUUGGUAACAUUUUUAUUUUUUCCGUACGUUCAUGUAAUGCCACGUGUUGUUUUUGUAAAACAAAUUUUGUGAAGCACAAGGAUACUUUUGAUCACUGAUGAAGUUUGAGGGGUUAUUAUGAGUGGUUUUAAUAAGUGUAGGUGAUCAGAAUCAAAUGAAAAAUAUUUUGCAUAAAACAAAUUAUGCUUAUGAUUUAAAGAAACCUAAUUUUCUUUCUGCAAAAUAUCUUAUUUUUCUGUUGAUUUGGGGUGAAAUAUGAGCAUUCAGUUUUUCAGAGAUCCACCCGACUGGUCCUGAAGCUUGACACAGUUGUUCCAGAUGUUCUGACACACUGAUCCAGAGUCAUUUUGAAAACUUGCACUAGAUUGUCACCAAUUUUUCCUUUUUUAUAUCAAUAUUCUGUUAGUUUCACGUUAUUUUGUGAUUCGUUUUUUUCUAAAGUGCUUGUUGAAUGCUAGUGUACUACUGGAUUAUUGUAUUUUAUUCAUCUCUUUCAGAUGUAACACAUUUCCACCCUCAUUUUGUUUUGGUUUGAUUUCUCUCUUUAUUUCUUGUCAUGCUGUCCAGGAAGUUACAUUUCAGAAGUACUGUAUAAUUCUAUUGACAGACUUUUUGACUUAUUGUCAUUUGUAUGCUAUGUAAAAAAAAAUAAAAAAAAGAAAGAAAGAAAGUUGCUAGAACUUAUCUCAAAGAGACACACACACACAUGCUCAUCUUUUGGAAAUGAUAGUUUUUCAUGUUAUAAACGAAAGCUUCUGUAGCUCAUGAUCAUUGCGAACAGAAUGCUGCCAUCUAAAAUAAAAUGAUAGGUUGAACUUAA